CAGCUGGCGCGUGGGUAUAAAAAGGCCUUGUCACGUGGUCUCGUUCUCUUCGAGCGGCGUGGAAGCAAGAUGGCGGCAAAGAACUUCUUUGUGUUCAUUAUUGGGCUUUUUAUCCCUCUUUUGGUGCUAGGUGAAACCUGUGUAAGACCCAAAGCCACUCCAGAUAUUUACACUUCAGGAAAUAUAUUUAUGUCAACUGAGACAGUCUUUCUAACAGAAUUCUCACUGACGUGUGAAAACAAUGCCAAGGAUGUACAUUUGUAUGCUGAAGUUAAUGGUAACGUCAUGCCAGUAACAAGAUCUGCCGAUGACACCAAAUACCAGGUGAGCUGGUCCGUGGCACAUAAGAAAGCACCAUCUGGUACUUACAAGAUCAAUUUUAUGGAUGAGGAGGGAUACUCUAACUACAGAAAGGCCCAACGAAGUGGUGAAUCUACUGAAAUUAAGCCUCUGUUUACCCUUGACAUCAACCACAAAGGUGCUGGCAGAGAAGGAUUGUGGGUGCAGACAGAAUUCCUUGCCGUUGUUGCAGCUCUCCUCAUUUGGUGGAGUGCAAACAAUAUCAAGAACAAAAUACAGGAUUCUUAAUUU